AUGAGUACAGUACCCGCGUAUAAAGGAUUUCUGCCCAUGGUGAACUUUUCAGGAACAACGAGGUCACGAACUGAUAAUGAUCGUCCAUCAAAUCAACGUUCAGGUGAAUCAUCAUCAAGUGGAUCUUGGAAAUUAAAAGCACGUACAACAGAUGAAACACGGGAUAGCCCUCGUGGUGGUGCGGCGAAUCCGUCUGAUAGUUGGCGACGAGCGGAUGAAAAUAACAGUUGGCGUACACGAGAAAAACAACGUAUAAAUAGCUGGCGUGCCAAUGAAAGCGACGAGGAAAAUGGACGUCCUUCAUCUGAUAAUCGUCCUAUGGACGGUAAUCGAGAAUAA